CCAGCGGCUGCCCCAGGCAGCCCCGCGGGGCCGGCCGGGCCCAAACUGCGGGAGCGUGGCGCUGAGACGGAUCCAGAAGGUAAGGGUGGCAGGAACGGGGUCCUCCCGCCCUUCCACUCCCGCAAGGAAUGGGAACGCGCGGCGGCGCGCGUUGACACCUGCCCCGCGGCAGGCGGAAGCAGCGCAGAUUCUGGAGGAACUGACUGACUUACAGCGGGAUCCUCCUGCCCAGUGUUCUGCAGGACCUGUGGGUGAUGACUUGUUCCACUGGCAGGCCAGCAUCAUGGGCCCGAAUGACAGUCCUUACCAGGGAGGUGUUUUUUUUCCUGACCAUCCACUUUCCUACAGAUUAUCCUUUCAAGCCCCCAAAGGUGAUUCUAGAUUGUGUCAGGUUGACAGCCACAACUAGCCAUCACUCCAGUCCCUCUAAAGGUUCAGAGAGCAGUUACAUCAAUGAAAGGAGAGACCUGAGGGCCAGGUGUACUGUCCGGAGGGCCUGUCUGCAAGUUCUCUUGUCCAUCUGCUCUCUGCUCUGCGACCCCAACCCUGAUGACCCACUGGUGCCAGAAAUAGCCCAUGCCUACAAGGCCAACAGAGAGAAAUUUUUCAUGUUUUGUGUAUGGGUGUUUUGCCUGCAUACAGGUAUAACAGGCUAGCAAGAGAGUGGACACAAAAAUAUGCUAUAUAAGUGCCUCAAAGGCUCCAUGGGAGAUACUGUCCAAGAGAAGCUUGCCAGGCAGAGUGGCCUUCACUUGAAGCUCUGAGCUGUUGGCUAAGGCACUCACAGAACAUCGUCUGUUCACACAUGUAUUGGCCACUCACUUCUCUGGCUGCAGCAUAUUGGUGCCACUUCAGCCAUUGUGUCCUUGACAGUAUCACACCUUUGAUGCCAAAUCAGAGACCAUCAUUACGAUCUACAGUCUUCCUUGUUACACUGGGGCAUCUAUGCCCUAGUCUCUGUGCUUGUCUCUGGGGAAUCAAGCCAUGCAUGAUGUCACUCCUUACUGUUGCACUGUCCAGGGGCCCAGUCUGCUCCCUAACCAUAUGCCCUUGCCUUUAGAGCAUAGUGCUUUCUCUUGAGGGCCCAGGGUAGAGUGGGCUUUCUUCAUGAGUGGGCUUUCUUCAUACAUGAUCAUACAGGUCCUCAGGAAUCUGAGUGCAUCCCAGAGGCUCCUAGAAAUGGAAACAGCAUCACUCGAAAGUACUUCUGCUGUCCCACCACUGCAUUUCUCUCCUACACCAAACAGCAAGCAAGGAACAUCAGGAUAUAUAAAGCAGGUAACACCAAGAAAGAGGGAAAUGACCAGACAUAGAAAUCUGUGGGUUAUGCUUUUGGAUGUGAUGAGGCUUUCCCCAGCCUCCUCCCACAGGGAACUUAACAUGAAAAUCAGGCAUAAGCUGUUCACAGACUGGAACACAGGAAGGAGAGGGACUUUAAAUGCAAAUAAAAAGGAAAUUCCCUCAGAAGUGACAGUUAGCAUUUAAGUCUCCUUUUUUCUUCUUUCAUACAAUAAAUUUAAUGGGUUCUUCAGA